GACUUUUUCAGAUAUUCUAAGAGGAACAGGGCAGAGUUGGGGGACUUCCUCUACAAAGCACACUUAAAUGCAUGUUGCUGUCGUUGGAGAUCUCUGAAAUUUCACAGCAGGGAGGUCACAUUUCAAGCAUGCCUUUGUUAGUGUUGAAAUGCAUGCUGCUGUGUGUGUUGAUGCAUGGAUCGGUGUGCACCUGUAUGCUGAAGAAUCACACCUUAUGGAUUGAGAUGCAUGAUUGUGUCCAGUGUGUGGCCAUCAACACUACCAUCUGCAGUGGCUACUGUUACACACAGGACACUAAUUUGAGGGGGCGGUUUGGGAGGAGUUUCCUGAUCCAGCGCAGCUGUGUGCCUCUCUCCCUGGUGUACCGAGCCGCCCAUGUGCCAGGCUGCCCUCAGGAUGCCAACCCACAGCUGUAUUAUCCUGCGGCCCACCGCUGCAGCUGCAAGCGCUGUGACAGGCGCACACACCACUGUGUCCGCACCAAUCGGGCCUCUAAUGACGGAUGCACCAUGAGCAUUGGCGCUGUAAAAAGCCAGCCCCAGCCCCAGCCCACUGUGGGAACCAUAUAA